UGGUAGUGUUUACAUGUCGCAAUCGCCGGCUUGGUCUGGAGAUAUCUGCAGUGAUCAGCGGUUUGACAGUCUUUAUGUUCCUUUAGCUACUAAUAACUUGACAUUUCCAGAGUGAUACGGCACGGUAGCGUUGCAACGCCAACGUUUCGACACGAUGGCAGAUGCAAAUAGCGACGGAGAUGUUAAAACCGGAGUUUCAGUGGCAGCCAAAGUGUCAUUUACAGAACUUUGCGGUCUCUUGGAAAAGAUCUCAAGAACCCAGGGAAAUGAUAAAAAGAAAAGAGUACUACGGGACUUUGUUGAGAAAUGGCGUGACUUUCACAAAGAGACACAUGGAGAAAAUAAAGAUACAACGGACUCUUUCUAUCCUGCAAUGAGACUUCUUCUGCCUCAUCUUGAGAAGGAACGUAUUGCCUAUGGAAUAAAAGAGCACAUGCUCGCCAAGUUGAUGAUUGAGGUUCUUUGUCUGGGCAAGGACAGCACAGACGCCACCAGGCUGCUCAACUACAAGGCUCCAAAAACAGCACGAGCGGAUGCCGGAGACUUCGCCAGCGUUGCAUACUAUGUGUUAAAGAGCCGCUGUCCAGAACGUGGGACACUGACCAUACAGGAGGUCAACGUAUGCCUUGAUGCAAUCGCCACAAACAACGCAGCUAAGAAGAAGGAGCUUGUACGUAAGAACAUCCUGCACCUACUGAAGAACCUGUCUGCCCUGGAACAGAAGUGGUUAAUCAGGAUGAUCGUGAAGGAGCUGAAGGUCGGGCUGAGUCAGGCGUCUGUCUUCUCCAUCUAUCAUCCUGAUGCUGAGGAGUUCUACAACGUCAACAACAACCUGGAGAAGGUGUGUCGGCUCCUCCGCGACACUUCGGUCCGGGUUCAUGAGAUUGGUGUCACUGUCUUCUCACCGUUCACCCCCAUGCUGGGUGAGAGAGCUUCCCCAGAUAAGGUGGAGAAGUUAUUUGAGAACAAACCAUAUUUCAUUGAAACAAAGUUUGAUGGGGAGCGAAUGCUGCUGCACAAGAACGAGGACGAAUACAAAUACUUCUCUCGCAGUGGCAAUGAGUAUACAAAUGUGUUUGGAGCAACGCCGUUUGAUGGCAGUCUGACGCCAUACAUUUCGAACUGUUUCAAGGCAGACGUCACAACCUGCAUCCUGGAUGGGGAAAUGAUGGGGUACCAUUCUGCCUCCAAGACAUUUGGUACUAAAGCUGAGAAGUUUGACAUAAAGUCAAAGGACUUGGAGGAGACGAAGGGCUACCAGCCAUGUUUACAUGUAUUUGACAUCCUGCUGUACAACAACAAGGUGUUGACCAACCUGCCUCUCAAGGAGAGGCUGCAGUACAUAGACAAGGUGGUCAUCGAAGUGGAGGGCCGUAUCGUCAUCAGUCGUCAUAAGGAGGGGCUCACCAACCAGGACUGUGCUGACGCGCUGAACGAAGCCAUCGACAACCAAGAGGAGGGCAUCAUGGUAAAGAACAUGGAGUCGGUAUAUCGGCCCAGCACCAGGAAGGGAGGCUGGUUCAAGAUUAAGCCUGAGUACAUCGGGGGACUGAUGGAUGAGCUGGACGUCCUCAUCAUCGGAGGCUUCUUCGGUGUGGGGCAUCGUGGGGGAAUGAUGUCACACUUCCUGUGCGGGGUGGCAGUGCCUUCCGAGGAUGGAGGCGAACCUGAGAUAUUUCACUCCUUCUGCAAGGUUGGUUCUGGCUACUCCAAGAAAGAACUGAGUGAGUUCAACAAAAAGAUGGCCGACCACUGGCAGGUGUUUGACAAGAAGAACCCGCCAUCUUGUAUUGUUCUUGCAUCAGGGUUCAAGGAGAAGCCCGAUGCCUGGAUCAGUCCAGAGAAGUCCUGUAUAGUACAGAUCAAGGCUGCCGAGAUCAUCACUAGUGACCGCUUCAAAACCGGCACCACGCUUCGGUUUCCUCGUGUCGAGAUGAUCCGAGACGACAAGCCCUGGUUUGAGAGUAUGACAAUAGCUGAUAUAGAGGACAUCAAAGAGAAAUCUGGUGGGAAGCUGACAGGUGCGAGGUUCGAGCUGGGUGAGGGUCCGGUGAAGAAGAAGAGGAAGGUUGUGACCAGGUACGAGAGACCCAAGUUGGCAGCCCAGUUCCGAGGAGUGGACGUGUCCUCCAUUACACAGGUAUCUCACCUGUUGGAGGGGAAAGAGUUCUGUGUCAUCAAUGGCCCCUCGGACUUCACCAAACAUGACAUGGAGAAGAAAAUUGUUGAAUUUGGAGGGACGAUUGUACAGAAUCCAGGUAGCAGAACGUUCUGUGUACUGGCCGACAAGGUAGCCGUCCGAGUGAACAACCUCAUCAGGAGAGACAUGUACGACAUUGUUAAAGUUGACUGGUUCCGCAGACUGGCAGAUGCACAGAGGUGGCUGGACUGGACCCCUGCCGACAUGAUCCACACGUCUCCGCGGACACAGAAGCAGUUUCAGCUGGACUAUGAUGAGUUUGGGGACAGCUACACGACCGACACCACCGUGGAGCAACUCAACACUGUGUUUGACAAGAUGGAACAGGCGAAUGACAGCCACAUCGGAGCCACUGAGAUAGCCGAACUUGAGGAGAAGUACUUCCCUGAUGAGUCACCCUAUGGCCUCUUCAGGAUUUGCCGGAUGUACCUAGACAACUGCCUGGUGUUUGGAGACAGCUCCACCCUCAUCCCCAACUGUAGCCUGGAUCUCCUCGCUCUGGAACCUCGAUUCUUUGGAGCCACCCUGGACUCGAAGCUUGAUCCAGAGGUCUCUCACGUCAUCGUAGAUAAGAAAGAUUUGAGUCGUCUCACACAGCUGCGAGAGGUGAGGAAGCGCCGCACUCGGAAGUUCCACAUUGUCACAGCAGACUGGGUACGUGCAUGCAUGGAGGAAGGCAGCCUGGUCAAUGAACGCAGCUUUGAGCCAAAAGUCCCAUCAUGAAUACUGCCUUCAGCAACACAAGGCACCAACCUAGAACUGUCCCGUACCUCAAGAUGAAGAUGAGACGAACUGUAUCAAGUGCAUAAUUUUGUUUUUAACAUGAAAACGUUACUUCAGGGUCGGGUCAUACUGUUUUUAUAUCACCUGUGAAAACACAUGCCUGCUCUGUGGUGUUGCAGUCCAGAUGGUGUGCAUCUAUACUACUCAUACUUUGCUAAGGAUCACAACAAUUCACAACUUUACUUAAACGUAGAUAUAUAAUAUGAACUUCCAUCCAUUUAAAACUGGAUAAAUAAUGAUAUGGUAACACAUCUUUAGG